AAAGAAAGAAAGGUGAGAGUCUCACAGGAGGAGGAUGGAUAUGGUUCAUUGGUGAGUGACAGAAAAAGGGCGGUACGUGUUUUCUGGAGUGUUGGUUCCGUGCUUUUAUUUUGUGAGAUGUCAGGUGGCGGUUGCAGCAUAGUUUGGUUCAGAAGAGAUCUCAGGGUUGAAGAUAACCCUGCUCUUACCGCCGCCGUCAGGUCCGGCGCCGUCGUUGCCGUCUUCAUCUGGGCACCGGAGGAAGAAGGUCACUACUAUCCCGGCAGAGUCUCGCGAUGGUGGCUCAAACAGAGCUUGGCUCAUCUCGAUUCCUCUCUUAGAAGCCUUGGUACUUUUCUUGUCACUAAGAGAUCCACCAACACCAUUUCUGCUUUGCUCGACGUCGUUAAAGCCACUGGUGCUUCUCAGCUCUUCUUCAAUCAUUUAUACGAUCCUUUAUCACUCGUUCGGGAUCAUCGAGCGAAGGAGGUGUUAUCUGCUCAAGGCAUCGGUGUGAGGUCGUACAAUGCCGAUUUACUGUACGAACCGUGGGACGUUAAGGAUGCCAAUGGCAAUCCAUUUACCACCUUUGCUGGUUUCUGGGAGAGAUGUCUCAGCAUGCCUUGUGAUCCAGAGGCACCACUUCUCCCACCUAAGAGAAUAAUUUCAGGUGAUGCAUCUAGGAGGUGCCAAUGUGACACAUUGUUAUUUGAAGACGAAUCGGAGAAGGGAAGCAACGCGCUUCUUGCCCGAGCAUGGUCUCCUGGAUGGAGCAACGCGGACAAGGCUUUGACCACGUUCAUCAAUGGACCAUUAAUCGAGUACUCAAAGAAUCGAAGGAAGGCAGAUAGUGCAACCACCUCAUUUCUGUCUCCCCACUUACAUUUCGGAGAGGUAAGCGUGAGAAAAGUGUUUCAUCUCGUUCGAAUGAAGCAGGUUUUAUGGGCGAAUGAAGGGAACAAGGCUGGCGAAGAGAGUGUCAACUUGUUUCUCAAGUCUAUAGGGCUCAGAGAGUAUUCCAGAUACAUGAGUUUCAACCAUCCGUACAGUCAUGAAAGGCCUCUUCUUGGGCAUCUUAAAUUCUUCCCUUGGGUUGUGGAUGAAGGCUAUUUUAAAGCAUGGAGGCAAGGAAGGACUGGUUAUCCAUUAGUGGAUGCUGGUAUGAGAGAAUUGUGGGCUACGGGGUGGCUGCACGAUCGGAUCCGAGUUGUAGUUUCGAGUUUCUUUGUCAAGGUUCUGCAGCUUCCUUGGAGAUGGGGAAUGAAGUACUUCUGGGAUACUCUCUUGGAUGCCGACCUUGAGAGUGAUGCUCUUGGUUGGCAAUACAUAUCUGGCACUCUUCCCGAUAGUCGUGAAUUUGAUCGUAUCGACAACCCACAGCUUGAGGGUUAUAAAUGCGACCCGUAUGGAGAAUACGUCCGGAGAUGGCUUCCUGAACUUUCUAGAUUGCCCACUGAAUGGAUUCAUCAUCCAUGGAAUGCACCGGAGUACGUACUCCAAGCUGCUGGGAUCGAGCUUGGAUCGAACUACCCCCUUCCCAUCGUAGGGCUGGAUGCAGCUAAAGCAAGGUUGGAAGAAGCGCUGUCGGAGAUGUGGCAACAAGAAGCAGCUUCAAGGGCUGCGAUCGAGAAUGGAACUGAAGAGGGACUUGGGGACUCUUCCGAGUCGAUCCCAAUUGCAUUUCCUCAGGAAAUAACAAUGGAGGAGGAGGACGUUGAGCCUGCAAGGAUGAACGCUCAUACGAUUCGGUGCUACGAGGAUCAGAUGGUCCCAAGCAUGACGAGUUCGGUGAGAUUAGGAGAUGAACCUUCUCUGAACAUUCAAAGUACAGCAGAAGAUGGUAGAGCAGAAGUACCUAUAAAUGCAAAUUUAAACCAAGAGCCAACCAGAAAUGUAGUGAACCCAAGAGUUCGGCCAACCAAUCCAACGCAGACUCGACUUCCCUAUACCCCAGGUAUCGGCCUAGGAACUGCUGCUGAAGAUUCCACUGCAGAGUCCUAUUCCAGUAGUGAUGUGAGACGAGAGAGAGACGGAGGUGUGGUGCCUGUUUGGUCUCCACCGAGUUCGAGUUACACCGAGCAGUUUGUGGUCGACGAAAAUGGCAUCGGAACAAGCUCUUCGUUCUUGCAAGGGCAUCAACAGAGUCAUCAAAUAAUUAACUGGAGGCAGCUAUCUCAGACUGGGUAACAACUUGUGAAUCAUUAGUCAUUUCUCCGAGGGCCAAGUCCCACGAUGAGUAGUCGGUAGCUUGGUACGAUACCGACUAACUGAUAGAAGCAGUUCAUCUGCCAAUGAUCGUCUCCCUCCCGCUCUUCCCGUUAUCACGGUUGUAUCAUAUGUCUUGCUAUGCUGUAUAGUGAAGAUUGUAAUUUGUGUAGCUGUAACACAAGCGUAGAGAAUUGAUAUAGUGAUUGUCGUCGUAGUCGUCAUCGUCGUCUUUGAAUAAACUCAGGUUUGCGACUAGCCCGGAUUCUUGUAAGCUUUUUCUUAAGCUAUGGAAAUAUUUCUCUAUCUUGCUUGCCUUU